CCCUGGAGAGCUCCGCUAUGGCUCUGGCGGCCAAGAAAGUCCGCUUGUCUAGAGCUGCAGCAGCAGCCGCCGCCUCCACCAAAGCCAAAAGAUCGAAGCUUAAGAAGACCGCCGCCAAAAGAUUCAAGCUUAAUAAGAAGCGAAACCCUAGAUCUCAGCUUCCCAAGAGAUCUCAUUGUUCCUUAAUUCGUUUUCUUUCUCGUUCUAGUUCCUGUGGUUACUAUCAUUGUUGCUGUGGUUGUUGCUGUUAUCGUUCUCGUCCUUCUCAUAGCAGAAGUACAUUUAAGAUUACGAAGAAGGGGGAGCAAUCACUUAGAAGGAGAAUUAGGAGACGAAUCAAGAGUGCUACUGAACUUCGAUUGAUGCGGAGCCAACUGGAGCGGAGCCAACUGGAACCGACUAUGGCUUUGGAGCCAAGUGAGAUUACAGUGGCAUUGUUGUCUCAUGAAAAUGCCAAUGUGUCUGAGCCGGAGGAAGUUCCACCAUGCAUUGACAGUGAUCAGGUUCCGAAUGGAGACUUGGCCAGCUCCUAGACCCUGAACGGGUCCAAAGACCCAUGAAACAUCAGUGAAUGGGUCUGGGAGCUGAGCUGUGGUCCUGUCAAGGCCACUUUUCACCACAAACUAAUUUGUAUGAUGGUGAAAAUAAUAAGAUGUGAAAAUA